AUGUCUCUAGCAGUACUGUUCUGCUUUUUAAUUCAUUUUACGAUUCUAACAUCUCACACAUCUGCGUUUGAUUCAGAGAUAUUUAUGAAUCUUGUUUGUAAAGUAACUAAAUUAAUAGACAGUGCAAUAACUCGUUUGAAGCUGGCUGCAAUGUGCCUAUCGUGUGAAAUUGAUUCAAAAAAACAAGAACUUAGAAACUAUUAUACGGAAUUUGUUAACGAAACGCUUGAAUCAAUAUUGCAUUACCUUCCUUUUUCUGAAAAACCUGUGUUACCAGAUGACAUAACUGAAAGUUCUGAAGAAAUAACCGAAACUACAGAAGUGCCUAUAGAAACGACGUUUGAGACAGAAACUGUUACAUUUACAGAAAUAGAGCCAGAAUCAACAUAUGAAACUGAAACUGCUACAUUCACUGAAACAGUAACAGCAGAUAUUACAGAAACAACGCCAACAAAUGUAAUGGUGACAACGCCUCGUUUAAUACCAAAACCAACUCGGGUCAAGCCUAUUAGCUACACAGUGACAAGAUCCACAACAAUGAUGACACCAAAGUUACAAGUUGUGACAAAGCCAACAAAUCUUACCCGGACAAAAGUUGCUAUGACACCCAGAACAAUAUGGAAGCCAAAAACCGCAAAAACACCAGCAGUAUUAAUUUUUGUGUCAGCAAACCCAAUAACAGUUAAAAAACAAACAACACCUAAAACACCACCAAAAAUAACGUCACCGAAAACAAUAACAAAGAUAACAACAGUUAAAACACCCAAAAGUCGUGUUUUCGUGUCACCAAAUCCAAUAAUGGUUAAGACACAAAAGACAGUGAAAAUUCAAACAACUACAAUGAAAAUGACAACGCCAACAACAAUCAAAACACCAGGAGUUGGUGUUUUCGUGUCACCAAAUCCAAUAAUAGUAACAAAACGAACAACACUAAAGGCAGUUCCAACGAGAACACCUGCAACAACACUAAUGACAAUGCCUACGAGAACAACGAUGAAGACACCAACAGGGGUUACGUCAACGACCGUGAAGAUGCCAAUAUCCACGACGAGUCUGGGAAUACCGAAAACUUCGACUACUUUAAGAUUACCAAGAACAAUUAGCAACGGCCCUUCUAUCAUAGUAAGAAGAAUGUCGUCACCCAUUAAUAAAGAUAAGAAAAAUGGUAACCGUAUCGGGAUAUUAAUAAACAGAUCAGUUCAGUUGGAUUUAGUUAAUACUCAUGGAUACAGAGCAGAAAUUCAUACCGUAGUAACUCCGGACGGUUACUUAUUAACUCUGCACAGAAUAUUGCCAAAAUCUAAAUUCACAGGAAGGAACAAUAAUAAAACUAUAAUUUUACUUCAUGGCUUGCUAGGAAGCUCUAUAGAUUGGAUUUUACUCGGACCGAAACAUUCUCUUCCUUAUAAGUUAAUCAAUGCUGGAUACGAUGUAUGGUUACCAAAUGUUAGAGGAAAUGCCUACUCUAGAGCACAUGUAAGUAAAAGUAUACAUUCCGCUGAAUUCUGGGACUUUUCAUGGCAUGAAAUAGGGCUAUAUGACUUAUCAUCUAUAAUAGAUUAUAUUAGAGAAAAAAAUUCUGAAAAAAGCCAAAUAAUUUUUAUAGCUCAUUCAAUGGGAGCCACUGCGUUAUUGGUCCUUUUAUCAACAUCUCCAUAUUAUAAUACGAUUUUAAGUUUCGUUAUUCUGUUAGCUCCGUUGGUAUUCAUGCAGCAAGCUAAAGGCCCACUACGCCUUCUUUCAGAAUUUAAGAGCUUAGAUCAUAAUGCAACAGCUAAAAUUUUAGGAGACCGUAGUUUUAAUCCGGUAGACUCAUUCAUGAGAGUUGCAAAGAAAAAAUUCUGCAAAGAAGAUGCGAUUCUAUGCCUCCACCCGCUAACUGGAGGUUCAGUAAAGUCAAUUCUGCAUUUCUGUCAACUAAUUAAAAGCGGUCAAUUUGAAAUGUAUGACUUAGGAUCUACGUAUAAUCUUAAAAAAUAUGGUACAGUGUCUCCACCGAAAUAUCAUUUACGUGAUAUUAAACUGCCAAUGGCGUUGUUUAACUCACACAACGAUUGGCUAUCCACAGUGCCGGAUAUUCUAAAUUUAAUGUCACGGCUUUCUAAUGUCGUAACUCAUCAUGUUGUGCAGUUAUCAUCUACUGAAUUUAAUCAUCUUGAUUUUCUUCUAAGCAUGAAUGCACCUAAAUUAGUAUAUAAACAUGUUUUUGAUGUUUUGGAUCAAUUAUUUUAA